GUGAGAUGGGUUCCUUUCCCGGGGCAGGGUGGCUGUGAAUGUUACUGCUUGGGCCGCAGGUUGGGCCAGAAGCUGAGGAGCUCCCCGGAUUAAAUGAGGUUAAAUGGAGGUCAGAUGCCUUGCCCCAGCCUAGCCCGCAGGCCCCGCGCAGCCUCUGCAGGCUGCUCGGGAGACAGUUUUGCCGAGCCUCCGUUUUUUCACAUGUGGAGUGACAGAUGAACGGGACGAUAUACGCAAAUGAGUGUCAGCAGAUCAGACACCCAAAUUCAAAGACUGUUGGAAUUGUAACGCCCAGAAAACCUGUCUUAUCUGUCAGUGCAAGAAAAAUUAAGGACAAUGCGGCUGAUUGGCAUAAUUUAAUCCUGAAGUGGGAAACCCUCAGUGAUGCAGGUUUUACCACUGCAAAUAAUAUUGCCAACUUGAAAAUCAGUUUAUUGAAUAAAGACAAGAUAGAACUAGACAGCAGCAGCCCAGCCUUGAAGGAAAAUGAAGAAAAGGUGUGUCUGGAAUAUAACGAGGAACUGGAGAAGCUAUGUGAGGAACUGCAGGCCACCUUGGAUGGGUUGACCAAAAUACAGGUGAAAAUGGAAAAGCUGUCUUCAACUACCAAGGGAAUUUGUGAACUAGAAAAUUACCAUUAUGGGGAGGAGACUAAACGACCCCCUCUGUUCCACACUUGGCCUACAACCCAUUUCUAUGAGGUUUCGCACAAGCUCUUGGAGAUGUACAGGAAGGAGCUGCUCCUGAAGCGCACGGUGGCCAAGGAGCUUGCACACACCAGGGAUCCUGACCUCACCCUGAGCUACUUGUCCAUGUGGCUGCACCAGCCCUACGUGGAGAGCGACAGCAGGCUGCAUCUGGAGAGCAUGCUGCUGGAGACGGGCCACCGAGCUCUGUGACGUCCUGAGAUGGCUGCGGACACUGGCUCCUUCCACUUCUCACCAGGCAGACAGUCUCCUGCCUAGGACUCAGUGCCGCAGGCCUGGAUCAGACCUCAGGAUCAGACCUUCUUGGGGUCUUCUGGCCAGAGCUUGUCACCAGCCCCGUGGCCUCUCCAGGCAUGCCCAUGUCCACAGCCCGCGGCCAGCCCCAUGUGGUGCCGCUCAGCCUCCUCUGCCCCUCCUGGGAACCCAUCACUCGUGGGUGCUUCUGAGUAAAAUCAAUGAGUUUCUGAGCAGAA